UUUACGUGGUUUCGGUUUAAUGACAUGAUGAUCAUUCUAUGUAUGUAGCUACUUAUUUACGACUAAAUAAUACGAAGUUUAAUUUAGUUCAGUGCAUUUGAACAAAAUUAUGGCGACUAUUCCUGUUGUAGAUUUCAAACCAAUUUUUCAGUUGGGUGAAACUGAGGUAGACGGUGACAUUUGGAAAAAUAUUGGACAUCAAAUAGUGGAAGCCCUUCAUUCCUUCGGAUUCGUAUAUUUAGACAAUCAUGGCAUUGAUCUGAAUCAGAUUAAAAACGCUUUCAGCGCCAGUAGAACCUUCUUUGAGCAAGGGGCUGAGGAAAAGCUCCGCUACAAGUACGAGGACAAGUCCCCAAAGGGCUACCAUGGCCAAGGGUACAGAGAUAGGAGUUGUGGUAGUAUUUUUGAAGUUAGAGAAAGUUUCGACUGGACAGGACGAAUGAAGAAGCAUGGAAAUGAUCAACUAAACUUUUUCGAAGAACUGCAAAAUUUGCAAGAGAAGUGCAAACCUUUGGCCAAGGCGAUUUUCAAGUUAAUUGGCAUUGGUUUGAAAUUGGAUGACGAUAAUUAUUUUUUACAACGGUCCCAAUGGCUCUGCAACCCAGAUGUGCCAAGUUUUAAAACCUUUCGGUCCUUGUACUAUCCUGCGAUUCCAGAAGACGUAGAGAUCCCUCAAGGCGAAUUCAGAGUGAAGGAACAUUCUGAUUUCGAUUUUUUAACUUUUCUUUUUCAAGACUCUAUAGGAGGACUUGAGAUUAAGACAUCGAAUGGAAAAUGGAUACCAGCUACGCCUAUUCCUAACGCAGUCAUAAUCAACAUUGGGGAUUUGCUGGAAGCAUGGACUGGUGGAUAUUUUCCUGCUACGAAGCACCGUGUCCUCAUACCGGAAUCUGAAAUCAAGAAAAGAAUUGCACGGCAGUCUAUUGCAUAUUUUCUUCAUCCCGACAGCAACACAAUUGUUGAGCCAUUACAAUCUCCAGUAAUUGGAGCAUACUCCUUUCAACGUUUCAAAGCAUUUGAACACACAAAAUCAAAGCUUGCCACUGUCAAUUCUUAUUGAAUUAAAAAUGACUACAAAAUACACAAUUAUCAUUAUUUGAGA